CCGGUAUGGCCGAUUUGUAGGUUUGUGAGAAUUUGCUGUGAAUAAAUCCUGGAUUUACCGAUGAAAGAGUGAAAAAAUAAUUCAGUUCAUAAUGGGGAAUUGUUUAGGAAGAUGCUUUGGGAAGUUUGACAAGCGGAAAUAUCUCCGAACGCGAUAUAAUGUAGAAAGAGACUUCUCGAUUGAGUUUGAAAAUCUCAUGGAUGAUGAAACACAGCCAGAAGAAUCUGUAAUACCCAUCAGUGAUCGUGAGAGAGAUCUGUUGUCCACGCACAAAUUUGAUGAUCUGUUGCAUGAGCAAAAACGUAUUGAUGUCCAAAUUGACCGACAGCUUGCCAAACAAGAAGAAGAACUACGGCUUGAGGAAGAGGCUUACUAUGAGGCGAAGAGAGAGGCGGCCAGGGUAGCGCGGCUACGGAAAGCCCAACAGAAUGCCACUAAAGCCGGUACUCAGGGUGCAAUAGCCAAUGGCCCCAAGGGUUCAUGGCUGGGGGAGGACGAGGCAGAGUGGGACGUGGCUGGGGGUGAAGAUGACUUUGAGAUGUUCCUUGAGAGUGUGAAGGCCCGAUCAUUAACUGCCAGGAUACAACAGCAGGUCCAGUUUGGUGUUGCUGAUACGCAGAGUACAACGAGCAGCAAUCAAACAAAAGAGCGAUCACAUACAGAGGCGUCCUCUAUAGACUUGGAGUGGGAACACGAGGCUGGGUUCAUCCCAGAGGAAGGGAAACAGGAGCGUUCAAAUACCGAGGAAAACCUCGCAAGCAUAGCAACAAAAGGACAUGAGUUGGCCGAGAGUCCGUCAUCAAAUGAUUUAGAAUGGGACAAUAACUUUGUUAGUGCAGAGACAUUAGAAACAGAAAAAUUAUUACCAAGCUUUUCGAAAAAACUAGAAUUGAUUGAUCGAUGAUAAGAUUUGUCAUUUGUAAAUAGAGUUGAAUUGAAGGGAGUGGAAAUAUGGAGUAAAAUAAAUUAUUACUAUUUUUGUCAAUGUUUUACUUGUUUUUCCAUCAGAAUGAUGAUGUUAUUUUCUUAUAGGAACAUGGAUCUUCCAAUGCUGGUGUCACUUCUGAAAAUUUACAUGAAAGUGUAAUCUAGUAUUCUCAGAAUCUUUAUUUUUGCCCAACUUCUGACUUUGUGGCUAAAGUGUGCUCUAUCUACUGUAGAUCAGGUAACCAAAGGAGAUUAUUUGAACUGUAUUGUCAAAAAUGAAAUGUUGUCUGUAUGCGUAUUCAUCAAAUUCUUUCCCAAGAACAAAACAAUACUUGUCUGUCUAUGAGUUCAAACUUGUCAGCUGGUGUUGUUUCUAUGAAUGUAGGUCAAGUGAAAAAAGAGACUGCAUGUACACUCUCAGCAUAUGUAUCUGAAUUUUACAGCUCAAAUUGAGAUCUGGAAACCCUUGUGGAGGUGACUUUUAAAGAUUUUAAGUAACAAAUAAUGGGUGAUAUGAAUAAAGACUAGCAUAUGCUUCUCUCUAAAACUCCAUGUACAUUUAUACCAGGCCUUUCUGUACAAAAUUGAAGUAAAAGCAUUUGCUCAUCUUUAUUCAUGUCACCCAUUGUAGUAACGUUAUCUCCCUUUGAGGGAGAGAUAGAGGUGACUGUAAAAAAAGGGGGUCAACAGUCUUGUGAGUUUUUUGUUCAAUUUUUACCUGUCUGAGGAUAUUAUGUUGCCCAUUGUUGAAUCUAGUAUAAUUUUAGUCCAAUCUUGGCUUGGAUGUGUUACCUUUGACCACGAUGUGGAGAUUACUCUGUAUCUCUCUUCCUUCAAUUCAGAACACAUAUGUACAAAAGGUGUCUAUAACAGUUUUGUAACUUGUGAUAUCACCUAUUUUUCUGGGAACACUGAAGUAAACUUAUGCUUUUUGUCAUAAUUUGUUAAACCUGUAUAGCAUUAAAAUCGAGCAAAAACAUUCCAAUUUCUUCUUGACUGUCUGGUGAAAAAAAGACGAGGCAGUUUUGCUUUCACUGUUUUUUAAGCUUUUAGGUAGAUUUCUGUUGUAUUGUUUCAAGAUUGACCUAUUCAGGACCAAGCAUGUAGCAUUGGAUCGAGUCUAGUCUAGCUUUUGAAAGUAUAGUAAAUCCUUUCUAUUAAGGACACCACUGGGAUUGACAAAUGCUGUGCUUAUUAGGGAGGUCUCCUGAUUACAGAGGUCAAAUUCUACCAAAACGACCCAUUUGCGACCAAAAUCACUAGAGAGUGUGUCCUGCUAACAGAGAGUCCGCUAUGGGAGGUUUGACUAUACUAGUAUGUUGUUUUCAGUGACAAUAGUUUGAAAUCGAACCAUCAACCCUAGUCAACCAAUUUAUCAUGCCGUCUAAUGCUGUGAUACGAUCACAUCCCAAUAGAUGACAGCAUUUGAUGGCUACACUAACACUUAAUAGUUAAACUCCUAGUCAUAAGAUACAGAUUCAUGUUAGCAUUGAGCCAUCUAAUAAGCUUUUGUGUAUAACUACAGCGUCUAGUAUAUCUGAGUCUUCAUGAUGAUGCAUUUGCACCGCCAAAACGAAAGUAUAGCAAAUACAUUAUUUCUGUUUUCUAUUUUUCGAUGCAUGAACUGAACCUUUAAGGUGUAUGGUUUGAAACAUUUACGCUAACUGAAUGUUUCUUGGGUUUAGAUUUGUCAAAACGAAUCAAAGGUGUUAUCAAUGGAUGAGCCAAUGUUUGUUGAUUUGGUUUAUGGCUUAAGGUCUGAAGAAUUUCAGCAAUAAUUUAAGAUCUAUAGAUCGUGUUGCAUAACUAUGAAUAGUUUAAUGUUAUGUUUGCAUAAUUUAUUGCUGUACAUAUGUGUAAAUAAACAUCAGUGUUAAGGCCUGAUUUGGCCUGAUGAUAUACAAUGUACCAUUCCUGCCAUCAUGUAUAAAAUAAAAACAUUAUCACUAUCAUUGGUCAUCUUUUACCUUCCUCCUCAUUCUGUAAGUUACUGUAUGACGUGCAAAUCAGCUGUGAACUCUGGUUCCAGCCUUUGCCAUACCACUCUUGGGGCACCACAUUGCAUGAUUUCUGUUUGCAUAUUGGGGUUAUUGUCCCUCAAAGUUGUUCUUAAGACAAAUGAAUUUUAAGUAAAUGAACAUUCUAACAUUUACGGUCAUAUGUAAUCUCUGUUUCAUCAGUUACAAUUUGGUUGCACAUGCAGAAGUCUCUAUAGCCAACUUUCAACCUUUCAAUUUAGAGAUCUCAAUAAUUGGUAUGGUAAAGUUUAUUGGAAGGUAAAAGAUUACCCAUAGUUUAGAUGCUGGUUCCUCUCAAUGGUUAGGUUCAUAUCAGAAAUCUUUUAAUCUUGUGAAUGUGAUUAUGUGGACUGCUGGUUUGAUCCCAAAACCAUUGACAACUGUGCAUAAUUCAUUUCUUUGUACAUAAGAUCAGUUUCGCCAAUGAUUUAUGGUUGUUACACAAUUUCUGUAUGGAUGGCAGCACUAGUGUCCAUUUCAAAUGGUGUAUAAUCUAAUAAAACUUCCACGCAUUUGGAGGUAAAAACCUUCAUAAGUAAGUUUCUUUCAUUCUGCUUUGAUAAUUUGCCAUUGAUAUGCAGAAAUUGGAUAACAGCUCUAUGUCGGAGGAUGGAGAAUCCCGAGGUGAUAAGGUAAAGUGUUUUAUUGAAGAACGGUAUGCUGUGCUGAGGGACUGCAGUUCAGAUACUGUAAACUAGGCCAGGUGCUGUUGCAGCUGCAGCUGGCAAGGUUGAAUGCAUCAUAACAAAGUGGUGGUGUUUUAGAAAGUCUUGAUGGCUCCUGACUGGUGUUACAGUAAGUGGAUUUGCAUCCAUUUCUUAUGUCUCAAAUCAUGACCACAUGAUUUCCUUGGAUGCUCAUGACUAUUGUAUUGUCUGCUUAAGUGAUUCUAACAGUGGCUUUGUAAAGAAGAGGUAAUGGAAAAGGAAUUGAAUAUUUUGUACGAAAUAACCGUAAUGUAGCAUAAGAGAUACAAAAAAUAUCAAUAAAGAAGGAUAUACAGUUAUAUUGUGUU